AUGACGGGCACCGCGUCGGCCGAAGCUGCACCUGCACACGACAACCCCGAUCCCGUCCUCGCGACCACCACCGCGGCCCAGUCCAGCCCGGGUGCCCUCGUCGCCCAUGGCAAGCCGCUUCUGGAUCCCCUGGACACCGCCGGCCUCGCCAAGCCCGGCCUCGCCUCCGACAGCGACUCGGAUCUGACCCCCAUCAGAUCCGACGAAGAUGAUCCCAUCGACGACCCCUUCCUCCACGACGCGUCCACCCGCCAGGAUGCCUCGGACGCCGACCCGGACAGCCUCGACGACCGGCCCGCCAAGCGCCCGCGACUGUCCACGCCGCCUCCGAACGGCUCGCAGCUGAGGAAGCCCAAGCCCAUCUCGCCGCCCUGGAAGAAGUUCGAGGCAGACCGCCCGACCACCUUCACCGAGGAUGGCAAGCGCAGGUCGGGACGCACCAACGCGACCACCACCCCGCAGUCCGAACAGUCUCCACGGUCCAGGCGUCCGACCCGAGCUGCGUUGCACGAGGCCAAGAGCACCCCGUCGAGCAAGGCCAACCAGGUCAACGGCUACCCGAGGACCUCGUCUUCCUCCACCAAGGCGCAAUCCUCUGCCUCCAAAGCUGUCGCCGGCAAGAGGAUUUCGACUCCAAGCGCCAAAGCAGCGGCCAAGACAUCCAGCCGCAGGCGACCCUCGAUAUCUCCACCGCCCCCUACUGCGCCGACGCGAGCCUCUGCCAGGCAGCGGAGCACCCGCAACCUGCGCGACAGCUACGAAUCCUCUCAGAAUCGCGCCCUCGCCACACCCGAGAGCCCUCGAUCGACGCGGAUCCGACUGCGCGUGCGCCCUUCCACCAUCCCUCUCGUCCAUCCCGCCCAGGUCAAUGUGCUUCCUGGCCAGACCGUCCCUCGGCCCAAGAUCGGCGAGACCUUCACAGACUAUAUCCAGCGAGCGCCUGACAUUGACAUCAAGGACGGCGGCUGGCAAGAUCUGCUCGACGAUGGCCCUGCAUACACCGACGAGCAAGCUGAGAAGGACGCCAGGAUCCUGCUGAGAGUCGAGGAAGAGUCGCAACCUGGGGGCAUGCUCAGUGGCGAGAAGUGCGCCCUGCUCGUACCAGAUCCUGCCGACGAACCCGCGCGGCAAUGGGCCCACUACGACCACCUGGUCAAGGCCAUGAGCAACUUCCGGAAGCUGAUGUACCAGGAGCACCAACGACAUAGAGCCUCGGCCAAGAGGUUGGCCGAAGCCUGUCGCGACGAAUGGCUCCGCCGACAACCCAAGACCGCCGAGCAGAUCGAGGCCGAGGAGAGAGUCAUCUGGAUAGGGAGGUACAAGACGGUGAUGAAAGCCUUUACUGGCACGUGGGAAAACGUCAGAACCGAGAUCAACCGCCGUCGCUUCGAGGAAUGGGAAGCCGCCGAGCAGAGAAGAAUCAAGACGGCGCUGAAUGAGGCUGUGAGCAAAUCGGAACUUCAGCUUCAGGCCCGACGUGCUCGUUUCGACUCCGAGACCCUCUUGUCCGAUGAGGACGAGGACGAGGACGAGGACGAUGACCAAGAUCUCGAGGAUGAUCUAUCAGAAGAGGAGGAUAUUGACGAGCUCGGCGAUGGUGAUGCACGUACGAGCCAUCAUUCUGGGUCCGAAGAUGAUAACCAUGGGCAUGAGGACGAUGACGAAGACAACAUGUCUUCAUCCGACGACGAAGAGGAUGCCAAGUCCGUUGCCUCCGAUGCAGGGUUGACACAGGAACAGUUGCGACAGAAGUACGCGAAUAUCCCCAACCUGCCUACCCCCAAUGUGGUACCUGUCGAUGCCGAGGUCGACGGCGAAGCAUCCGUACGCCCUACCGAGGACGACGAGACCAGUGAUGAGUCUGUUGACAUGGACGAUGACUUGGGGUCGAGUGAUGACGACAUGGACAGCGGUGAGGAUGAGGACGGUUCCGAAGACGCGAGCGCGGACGAGGAUGAGGGUGAAGAGGAGCCAUCCGGUUUGCUGGGCAUGCUCUUCGGCAAGAGUGAGUUGAAAAAGAUAAAGCAAGAUGUUGUAGUGGGGGAUGCCAAGAGCGAGGUGAACGAUACUGAGAUGGCGGAUGCACCGCCGCUAACCAAUGGUCACACCCCGCAACUUUCGACACACACCGGUAUAAAUCAAGGUGAAGAAGAGCACGGCCAAACUAUCCAUCAGUCAGAAGUUUCAGAGGACAAAGCCGAGGUCAACGGGCAUGAGGAACGACUGCCGCAGGCGUCAACCGAAGAUGGCACACCUCAUGAUGUUGGCCAGGUCGACCCGCCGACGGACCCCUAUCAAGCCAACAAGCCCGAUGCGGUCGCUACAAUACCCAAGCCUCUGCAACCGGAGACAGUUGGCAUGGAAGUUAUCGACGCGGUCGAGAACCUACAAGAGCCCAGAAAUGGCGAUGUCGCGAUGGCCAAUGGUGACGCCGACACCGAAAAUGCGACCUUGGCUGUCCCUAGUGUCGAGCUCACGGCUCCUCAGAUUGCAACCAAUGCCAGCCCAGCAACCGACGGGGUCACCCAGUCCGCCAGCCGCGAUGAGAGCGAAUCCCCUCGGACCUCGGACACGAGGCCAUCAGAAGUUGAGACAUCUUCAUCAGUCGUCAGGUCUGGCGCCAGUCGCUCAUCAUCUCCUUCAACACAUGGACCAAAGACAGAGGUACCCUUUCUUCUGCGAGGCACGCUGCGUGAAUACCAGCAUUACGGUCUAGAUUGGCUCGCUGGUCUCUACCAGAACAACACCAAUGGCAUUCUUGCAGAUGAGAUGGGUCUGGGGAAAACAAUCCAGACCAUUUCGCUACUUGCACACCUCGCUUGCCACCAUGAGGUCUGGGGUCCCCACCUUGUCAUCGUCCCGACUAGCGUCAUGCUCAACUGGGAGAUGGAGUUCAAGAAGUGGUGUCCUGGCUUCAAAGUGCUCUCCUACUACGGCAGUAUCGAGGAACGCAAGAGGAAGCGUCAGGGAUGGAAGACCGAUGACAUGUGGAACGUUUGCAUUACAUCUUACCAGAUCGUUCUCCAAGACAACCAGGUCUUCAAGCGUCGGCAGUGGCAUUACAUGAUCCUCGACGAAGCGCACAACAUCAAGAAUUUCAAGUCGAAAAGAUGGCAGACACUGCUCGGUUUUAAUACCCGCGCUCGGCUACUCCUAACUGGAACGCCUCUGCAGAACAACCUUACCGAGUUGUGGUCAUUGCUGUUCUUCUUGAUGCCUUCAGAGAACGGUGUGGGCGGGUUUGCGGACUUGGCUGAGUUCCAGGACUGGUUCCACAAGCCCGAGUCUCAGAUCUUGGAGAGUGGCCGCGAACAGAUGGAUGACGAAGCACGAGCCAUCAUCUCAAAGCUCCACAAGGUGCUGCGACCAUACCUGCUGCGCCGUCUCAAGGCGGACGUCGAAAAGCAGAUGCCCGCCAAAUACGAGCAUGUGGAAUUCUGUCGUCUAUCUCGCCGCCAGCGCGAGUUGUACGAUGGGUUCCUAGCUCGUACGGAUACUCGAGAAGCACUCGCCUCUGGUAACUACAUAUCCGUCAUCAACUGUCUGAUGCAGCUCCGGAAGGUCUGCAACCACCCCGACCUGUUCGUGGAGCGCCCCAUCAUGACAUCCUUCCGCCAGCGCAGUUCAGUUGUGGAAGAGUAUGCGCCCAUAAGCCACCUGUUCCGACAUAGGCUCCUCGCAGAUGCUGGCAUAGCGCCCUCGGUGGGAGUGUUGCCUAUCGAUCCCAUGAGUGCUGUCAGCUUAGAUUUCCUCAACCUGGUACCUACCCUGCAUGAGGAUCUCUCAGCCACCGACUGCAGGCGUGUCAUGGAGUUGACUUCCCACAACACACUCAUGAAGCUUCGCGAGACUCAAAAGGAACGUGCCCACACAGCAUCAACCAGCUUGGACCCUUCCACAGCCGAGUCCAAUCUUGUUUAUCUCGAAAGUGCUGCACGGUGGGGCCGUUUCGAGGAAUUACAGCAUUCGGUUUACUUGAACGCGCUUCGUCGACAACAGCAACCGAUAUAUGGGAAGCGCCUUCGAGAGUUUCUGACCAUUGGUGUGAAUGAACGGCCGCACAAGCCACGACCACGGGUCCCGGCAAGAGUCAUGGCCUGGUUCGAGGAGGAUUCGACCGCUCUGAAAUCGAUGGUUUUAGACCUUGAUCAGCGUGCCGAGUCGAUGAAGUCUACCAUCUCCAAGUUUGCCUGCAUUACGCCUGCAGUCAUCACCAGGGACAUCGAUCAGUUCGUGCUGGGCUCUAAAGGCGUUGCUGCGUUCAGCGAAUCCGAUCUACGGCUCUCGGCACCUGUCAGAUACUCUCCAUUUAUGCCGAAGGAGGCACCACUAGACCCUUGGCACGAAGCUCGCAUGCGGCUCAGCAUUCAGUUCCCCGAUAAGCGCCUUCUACAAUAUGACUGCGGCAAGCUUCAGGCUCUUGACCGGCUACUGCGCAAACUACAAACAGGAGGUCACCGCGCCUUGAUCUUUACACAGAUGACCAAGGUCCUUGAUAUCCUUGAGCAGUUCCUCAACAUUCAUGGCCACAAGUACCUCCGCCUUGAUGGUGCGACCAAGGUCGAGCAGCGACAGAUUCUGACCGAUCGUUUCAACAAUGACCCUCGCAUUCUAUGUUUCAUCCUCUCAACCAGAUCCGGUGGACUUGGUAUCAAUUUGACGGGAGCAGACACCGUCAUCUUCUACGACCAGGACUGGAACCCCGCCAUGGACAAGCAGUGUCAAGAUCGAUGCCACCGCAUCGGCCAGACGAGAGACGUGCAUAUCUACCGUCUCGUGUCGGAACAUACAAUCGAGGCGAACAUCCUGCGCAAGGCUAGUCAGAAGCAGAUGCUCGAUGACGUUGUCAUUCAAGAAGGCGGCUUCACCACAGAUUACUUCAACAAGCUGUCAGUUCACGAUGUCAUGAAGGGCGUUGGCGAAGACGCGGUUGAGGAUGUGGUCGGCGAUGCGAUGGACCGCGUUCUCGGCACUGCUGAGACGGGCGGCGAACGGGCCGUUGGUCGUGUCCUUGAGCAAGCAGAGGACCGAGAGGAUGUCGCCGCUGCUCACGUUGCCGAAAAGGAAAUCCAGGACGAUGAUGCCGACUUCAACGAGAAUGCGCCGACUGCAUCAGCCUCCGGAACGUCGAGCGCCAGGCAAGGCACACCACUGACUAGGGAUGUCUCCGCUGCGCCCGGGAGGUCCAACCUGGGCCUGUUCGAGCAGUCAGCUGGCGCUGUCGAGAUCGAACACAACGCUUGGGGAGAGCAAAUCCAUACUGUCGACGACUUCAUGCUGGGUACGAUGGCUCAGAUGCUGGAGGGCACUGUACUCGAGUUGCCCAAGGACAAGAAGAAGGGGAAGAAUCACAAGAAAGGCAAGGAUCACAGGAAGCGAUAG